CUUUGGGCGAUUACGACGUUCGACGGCGACCAGACGACAGUCAAUUCAACCUUGGUGGACUUAGCACUGGACCCAAGUGACGCCUUACAUAAGAUACAUCCCUUGUGCUACCUUGUGCUAUCUGCUACAAUUGCGUAGUCAGUGUUGAGGCGAACGGCUCUACAGCUCGAUGGGUUGCGGAGCUUCCUCUGAGGCUCCCCCCGUGGCCCCCAUCGCAAAGCCAGCAAACGUGCCACCGCCCCGCGAUGAGCGCGACCCGGAGUGGUCGCUCCUGGUGCUGCAGGACGACCUCUCCAAGGUGACAGCUGGUGCUUCCAUCCCAGGAUACUACCUGGUCGUGCACGACAACAAAGGGCAUGAGACGCCGCGCCUGUCGGUGGUGUGCCUGUCUAAGGGCACCUGUGAGGAAGUUAUCAUAAAAGACAAGGGCCGUGGACUGCGCACAGCGAUGGACCUGGAGUGCUUGUGGACUGUGGACGCCAAGGUCACAGGCAAGCAGCAGAACUACUAUAUGGCUAUGACUUCUAUCGGCGACGCCUGGAUGUUCAAGAUCUCCAAACGCAAGAAGAAAUGGGUGGCGCACGGUGUGCACCCCUUCAAGGUGGCGGCGCCGCCAGGCGCCAACACCGCGCACACCAACUGCGAGGGCGCGCGCGCCUACUUGGAGAACGGACAGCUCUGGUUGGAGUACGCCAGCCGCGGCGGUCGGCACCAGGGCCAGCCGGUGGCACCCUGGGUUGUGCGGCACCCGCUGGACAUCAAGGCCAUCCGCAAGGGCACGUUCACGGUUAACCCGGCCUCGCUGACCGACGUCACCUACUGGCCGCCGACCGUGGGUGGCAACCCCGACGUGCGCCAGUGUGCAGACCUGGGCCAGGCGGUGGGCAUGGCGCGCUUUGGCCAGCUACACGCGGCGGCGUUUGAUGACGAGGUGCACGAGACCGGCUUCUUCAGCUACAUCCUGGAGCGCCUGCCGGGCGCGCAGUCGGGCGGUGUGGAGAACCUCAAGCCACUAUUCAAGCUGUACGGCGGCAAGAUUGAGGCCAUCUACGACAUCACCAAGGACCUCUCCCUCAUCGGCACCGACGACGAGGGCCGCGGCGCCUACCUGACGCUUCUGCACCGCCACAGCGGCGCCGCCUGGAAGGUGCAGCUGACGCCGCCCGGUGGCGCUGACCCGCGCUUGUACGGCAUCAGUGGCAUCUCGCCGGUGGACCCCUCUAUCAAGAAGGAGAAGGACGAGAGCAGCUCUGAGGAGGAGGAGGACAGCGACCAGGACGACGACGAGGAGGAGGAGGAGCGCGAAGUGGAGGGUAGCCACCACUCAAAGGCUUCCAAGAUGUCGGCGGCCGACGUGGCGUCAGCGGUGGGCGACGCGGUGGAGGACGUCGCGGAUACUGGUACCCUCGGCGGUCUGUUUGGUGGCGGGAACAAGGACGACUGAGGAAUGAGGUGCUGGCGACAGUGGCAGCACUGACCAGGUGCCUCAGGAGGGGCUGUGUGAUUUUGCUGGUGGCGUCAGAGAGCGAGAUAGCAUGGGGCGUCGAGGGAGAUAAGGGCCGCACCGCAUGGCGCAUGCGGAAUGCGUCAAAUGUGGUUGCGAUUUGAUGGUGGCAGACGAAAGGCAGCUUAUACAUGAAUGACAUGCGAGGGCAAACGAACGAUUGCAUGUGGUGGUAAGUGCACAGCAUUGCAGAUUCAAGCCAGGGGUGCGAGUCAAGCAUUCCGCACCUCAGUGAUCCAUAAAGACCACACUUAUUGGUUGUUGCAUGAGGAGGCGUGGGUACACUUUGCAUUCAAGUACAUGUGGGUGCGUAGCCUGCCUGGGACCCUGGAGCUUGAGGGAGUGAGAGGAGGCCGAUGGGAAGGGCUGGAACCGUAGCAAUGGCUACUUGCAGGUCUACUAUGACAAGAAAAGGUGGCUCUCCCUCGCAAGGGAAAAGUGGGCUGAGCCCACGCCACGUCCUCCGUCUGAGGCCGAAGGGUCCGAUACUAGCCUCAUCUCCCGGACAUAGCCGGGGUCAGUUUGUGCAGGCACCGCCCGCCAUAUGUGCCCAGUCGCGCCCAGCUAUCAAGCACUCGUGCAGCAGGCAGCAGGCCAACCAGACAGCAAGGAAACUUCCACCUCUCAACACCCCUGCCACUGCAGCCGACUGCCCGCUACGCCAUGCUCGUCAGCACAGGUCGCAGGGUGAUGGGGAUGGGGGAAGGCGGGGCAUGCGGUGCGUAUAUACUGUCACUGCAGCCUUUGGACGCAAGACCGGCGGGUUACUAUGUGCAGAUGUGGUGCGUGGGAAGGUGACAGGCCGUGAUGGGAAGGCGUGGUGUGCGUGUGCGUAGAGGGGGCGGU